CUCAGUCCUCUGUUGACUCGCGAGCUGUUCGGAAGUGUUCCGAUCUGACCUCCAGUGGUCCCCGCCCGUAAAAGGCCAGAAUCUGGUCCAGUUGGGGCAAGUGCAGGCCAGUCUUACCUGGCAGUGUGAGUGUUUGUGGCGCUGAAGAGGCCGUGUAAUUUGGGGUUGAUUUCUUUCUGGGGAAUUACCAGCAAACACACCGGCGGCCUCCGACCCCUUGGCACACGGAACCCCGGUGGCGACGGAGCGUGUCACGGCGGAGAUUAUAUUUCCAUAUCACUUUGGAAUAUUAUUGCCGGUGCCAGGAACCUGGGGACGACGACGACGACGACUGUUUGCACAUCCACACAGCAGCCGAGGGAACGGACGGAACGGUUUCUGCAUGAGCAAACAACAUCCUGCAGGUCCUCUCGUGGCUGCCAACCGGUGGAACCGUUCCGCGUGCCAAGUGCCAAGCCAACUAGAGCGCGUGAAAUUGUCUGCCAAGUGGAAGAAAUCAAAUUUCGUCGAAUAAACCGUGUAUUCUGAGAAGGAAGCCAACAAAAAAAAAAGACCCCGUAAAAGUGUGUGUCUGUGCUAAGAGUUGAUGGAAAAUGGCGACGGCAACCGGGAAAAUAUGUAAAAUUGAAAUCGGAAAAUGUUUGCUUUUCGUCACGCUGCUAACGAGUGUUUGCUUCCGAGCCAUCCGGAGCGAUGAGGCGGCCGCGUCGGCCCCGGACGCCAACCAUCCGCAACCGUCGGCGGAACCGGAAACCUCCACUGGAUGUCCGCCGCCGGAUCUAAAGGUUUCCCGCCCGCGGAAGCAUUACCCCACCACGGAGGCCCCGUUCGUAACAUUCGAAACUACGCAGAUCUACGUGCCGCAGGACUUUACGACGGCUGAUUUUGAGUUCGUGGACGGGAAAAAGUCCGCCGUGGCUGGUAUCAGCCUGGACAACCAGGAGGCCCAGCUGACCCACGAUGACACUCCGUUCUGGUGGGAGAUGGGCAUUCAGAAUGCCGAAGCUCGGGAAUCGCUGGCCGCGGCCUCAUUCCCAGGAUCGUCGUACAAAAAUCGAGCCAAACGAGCCCUCAGACGUCGACCGGCCCGUCGCUUCCGUCGUUCGUCCCUUUCGGACGGAUCGUACGGCCAGGACAACGCCCUGCACCAGGAACAAACACCGGUGAUCGUGAUCAACAACGUGUUCAACGAAAACGACAGCGAUCACAGCGUGUACGACAAUGUCUUCCUCAACGGGAACCAGUUGGACGGUGCCGACGGACAGGACAACGACGAUAGGGAGGAUCGUUACGUGGACAAGAACGAGAUCGGGGAGGUGCUGGAGGCGGAAGUCGAGGACGACGGACACGGUGGAGUGGCGGGGAUUAUGGCCCGAGUCAAGCGAAAGUCGGGCAAAACGACGGGUGCGCUGAGCAGGGCCAAGGGAAGUGGCAGCGACAGCGGAGGCAGCAAGAGUAUCACCAGACAUAACAAGCAAGAACACGAUCUAGAUCACCCGGACGACCCGGAGCAAGAGGACCGCGGCAAGGGCGGCCGUACCUCCGAGGACGCCACCCUGCAGCUGCAGGGGCUACCCGACCAGGGUGAUUCCAUGGUACGUGGUAAGCGUAAGUCCGGUAAGGCCACGGGUGCUCUAAGUCGUCCGAAGGGCGGUAGCGAUAGUGGCAGCAAAAGUAUCAAUCGCAAUUCCAACAAAGGAAACUUCGACGAGGACGGAAGCUACGUUCCGCCGCUGCCGGACUCGCGGGAGAACCCCGACCGGGAAGAGUCCAGCGAAGAGAUCGAGGAAAGUCCCGAGCUGCACCAGUUCCGCGAGGUCUCCGAGGUGCGUUUCCAGGGUGAGGUGGGACCGCUCGGGGGACAUCGGCUGUGCAAGAUCCAGUGCGUGGGCGGUCACUGGGUGGGACCGGUUUGCGCGAUGAACGAGCACGAGCAGGACGAAAACGGCCAGCUCAAGUUCGAACCGCUGUACAAGCGUUGCGUGGUGGACCACAUUCCGCCGCAUCUGCUGCUGAGCUACAAGAAUGUUUCUGUGACUCUGGGCUGGGAUCUUCCACAUGGACAUACCUUGCAAGCGCGAUGCCGCGAUUUGGGACUCUACAAACUGCUGGGUGAAACGAAGGUUCUCUGCUCCAACGGACUGUGGGCUCCGAAGAUGCCAUCCUGCGUCCCGACUACACUGCUGACCAAUUAUUCUGAUGACAGUCCUCCGUCAAUUCGCAUCAAGGUGGGAGUCGGUUCGGCAGCUUACGAGCCUUCCGGUGUGUUGGCAGUUCUUCCAACCAGUACCAUGCACUUGGAUUGCAUGUACCCACGACGCCGAGGAUCUCCCGAAUGGACCUGGACCGGGUGGUUCCGACAAUACCUAACCGAAAAGCCCGGCAGUAACGUAAACCAAUUCAACCCAAUACCUGAUUUUUUCAAUGUAGGUUGGUCUGCGGUUCCGGAGGAGAAGGCCUCCCGAUACCGGCUCACCAUCAAGGACAUCCAGGCGCAGGACUCGGGCACGUACACGUGCGCCUCGCCACGUGGCCUCACCAACAGUAUCGUGAUUGUGGUGGCAGUUUCACAAUGUGCAGCUUUGACCGAGCCAAGACCACCGUUAUCACUACGCCUAGAAGGCAUUAAACUUGGUCAGAGGGCACUUUAUCGCUGCCCACUUGGGUACUCCCUGCAAGGAACAGCGAAUGCAACCUGCUUGGCUUCCGGAAAUUGGUCCUCGCCGCAACCCAACUGUCAUCCGAUCCAGUGUCCGCCGCUGUUCCUGGAAGAUCCGCACCUGAGUCUGGUUGAGCUCAACACCUCGGCCUGGGGACGUGCCGUUUUCCGCUGUGCCUGGGGAUACCGCCUCAGUGGUCCGCCCGGGUUGGAGUGCGAACCGAACGGCCACUGGAGCGGACCCAUUCCGAGAUGUCGUGCGAUCCAGUGUCCGCAGCCGUUGAUUCCGCUGAACGGACGCAUCGACGGGACGAGCGGGCUGAACAUGUUCGGCCAGCGCAACAAUCGGUACGCCGUCGGUGCGUUGGUCACCUUUAGCUGCACCGAGGGCCACCUGCUGGUGGGGGAAGCGUCGAUAGUGUGCACCGAAACAGGCUUCUGGUCCCAUCCGCCGCCGUUCUGUAAGGCCCAGUGCCCGUACCCGGGAGAUCCCCCGAAUGGAUUGAUAGCUCCGCUAAAGUUCCACUAUGACCCGGGAGACUACCUGACGGUGCAGUGCCGACCCGGCUUCGUUGAGCACGGAGUCAACGGUGGACCGCCGGAACGUCCGCGCUGUACGCCCGAAGGAGACUGGUCCGGACCGGUGCCCCAGUGUCGAAGCUACGAGGAGAUCUAACCAACCCAAGGAACCCGGACCCCGGAAAAUCGCAUUGUGAUAACACAGUAAAGAUUCUAUACAGGAAACUCUUGUAUGACAAGAGAGGCGGAGUGGACACGGAGUUACGUGCAGCCUGUUCUCGUUACGUAAUCUUCGAAUGGUUUGAUGUUUUUAUGAAAGUACAACUUGAAACGGUUUACCCCAUGUAGAGCAGACAAAAACACACACACACAUAUAUAGUAUUUGAAGCCAUCCAAGAGACACGUGGUACUGUACCUUAUAGUAGAUAUCAGUAGUUUUCCAAAAUAAGCGUUUAGGAUGAUGAUGAGAGCGACAACGCUCCGGAAGCAAUUCUUUGGACGAAUUUACCUUCACAAUAAUUAUUAUCCAACUGCAGCAGAUUUCUAGCACGUAAACCUAGUCGUUUAUUGCGAAUCAGAUAACAUUGUCGACAAACCGCGCAAUAACAGAAAUUGUUUCUAUGUUCCCACCUAUAUAUAUCAAAAAACAGCAGCAGCCUAUAUAUCCCCCCUAACACCCAACUCUUGAUCAAUCAUAUCAAUCCAAAUGAAAAACAUUUACUUUGUCUAAAAAUUUAUCUAUCAAAACCAAGAAAAAAAAAUCUAUGUAAAACGCUUAGAUCAAACCGAUCGACACAGAGAACAAACAUACACAAACUCUAUAAUCAAAACCGCUUAACUUACCACAUUUAACGAUUAUUCUUACUCUCACGCUUCACUUUUUCAAACUCACAGUUUGUUCGAUAGUUUAAAACAAACAAUGAUGGAAUGUAUACUUCCCAACCACUGACAACAGUUAAGUAAUCCAAAGUAAGUUACAUACAGUUUACAAGUUGCAUAAAAAACAGGCUCAUAACAGAUUGUUUUAACAGUAUAAUCAACCUACAAAAAGGUACUUCAUUAAAAACAUAGUCCUAAACUCUAGGGAAACGCUUGAGUUUGAGUAACUUUUCCAACGAACAGAUGUUCCAUUUAAAAAUCAAAUAUACAUCCCACUGUUACUGUGAAAUCAAUUAUUAUUGCAUGGAGAAAUAAAGUACAUGUAUUAAAAAAAUGCCCUGCGAAA